AUGGCCGCCGAAUUCAUCUUCAGGACUCUCCGGUGGCGGCUGAAACUCCCGAUUCCCCCUAAAUGGGCCCCACCUUCAUCUCGAUUCUCCAAUUCCACCCCUGCCAUCUCCGAUUUACCUCGGAAAGAGCAAGAGCAAGGGGGGAGGUCAACGUGGUCAAAGCUGUUGCUUUUCAUACCAGGGGCUGUGAGUUUUGGCCUUGGCACUUGGCAAAUUAUCAGGAGACAAGAGAAGAUAAAUAUGUUGGAGUAUAGAAAGAGUAGGCUAGAAAUGGAACCGAUUAAGAGCGACUUAGUCGUGUCUUCCAGUGGGAGGGUGGAUUCCAUGGAUUUCAGGAGAGUGCAGUGUAGAGGAGUUUUCGAUGAGAAAAAGUCGAUAUAUGUGGGUCCACGUUCAAGGAGCAUAUCUGGGGUGACUGAAAAUGGAUAUUACAUCAUAACUCCACUUGUUCCAGUCCCCGGUGAUCCUGAAAGCAUGAAAUCACCUAUACUAGUUAACAGAGGAUGGGUCCCGCGUAGUUGGCGAGACAAGGCAUUAGAGCCUCCUUCACAAGAUAUUCCCCCUCCAAGCAGCCCACUUCCCUCGACUCCAGAGAGUCCUAAAUCUUCCUGGUGGCGGUUUUGGUCUAAUAAGCCAGAAUCUCCCAAGGAGCCCCUUUUACCACCACCUAUAGUCCCUACUGAAGUCAUUGGUGUUGUGAGGGGUAAUGAAAAUCCCAACAUAUUUGUCCCGCCAAACGACCCGAAUUCUUUCCAGUGGUUUUAUGUGGAUGUACCUGCACUUGCUCGUGUGUGUGGACUUCCUGAAAAUACACUUUACAUCGAAGAUAUCAAUGAAAAUGUGAGUCCAAGCAGCCCAUACCCUAUCCCAAAGGACGUCAAUACCUUAAUACAAUUCCCGGUUAUGCCACAGGCCCAUGUCAACUACAUUCUAACAUGGUACUCUCUUUCGGCGGCAGUAACUUUCAUGGCGUAUAAGAGACUCAAACCGAGAAAGAUUAGGAGAGAGUUUUUCCAGGCCUACUGA